CUAGACUUUCGAAAAUUUUCCCAUUAAAUCGUUUAAACUUCAAAAAAUUAUUAGUUUAAUUUGUUGUAUCUCAGAAUUAGAAAACAUGUGUAUAUAAUUAUUCCAGAAAUCGCAAUAGUUGUAUAGUCGAAAUUAAUCAGAAUGCAGAAAAUUAUUCCAUAGUAUCUAUUAUCAGAAAGAAAAUUUGUAUAAAAUGAUAUAUGAUGAAAAAGAAGAGGGGAGUUAUCCAUCAUUUUUGCCGGCACGCUACAUAUUUGCAUUCCUCGCCAAUGUGGGCAUGGCAAUUGUGUAUGGAUUUCAGUCCUUCAGCGCCGGAUAACAAAGAUGUGGGCUGCCAUCCGCCGCCUGGCACCUCACCGAAUGCUAAAGAGGAGGACGGACCAUUCAAUUGGAGCGAAGCCCUUCAAGGUAAACUGUUGAGCUGCUACUUCUGGGGCUAUAUGGCGUCGCAGAUUCUGUUGGCUCGCGUCGCCGAAAUCUUUUCAGCGAAAUGGGUAUUCCUCGGCGCUGUGGGAAUCAAUGUCAUAUGCACCAUAUUCUCACCGGGUCUGGCGAAGCUUCACAUUGCUGGGCUGAUGGCUAUGCGCAUUCUGGAAGGCGUUGGCGGUGGAGCGGCAUUCCCAUCGAUGCACACCAUGAUAGCCAGUUGGGCGCCACAGACGGAACGGCUGCUGAUCGCCACCCUGAUCUAUGUGGGCACAUCGGCAGGUGUGGCGAUAUCAAUCUUGUUGUUGGGCGCAAUCGCCGAUCAGAUGAACUGGGAGGCGGUCUUUUAUAUAAUGGGUAGUCUGACCAUCGUUUGGAUGAUCCUAUGGGUAUUCCUCAUACAGGACAGCCCAAACAAACAGCACCUGAUGACCGCCAAGGAGCGUGACAUGAUAAACGUCUCGUUGGGCGAGGAACAUACUGCACCUAAAGUACCCUGGUGCAAGAUCUUCAAGUCGGGUGCCUUUUGGGCAAUUCUCAUUGCUCACACUUGCAGCAACUUCGGUUGGUACAUGUUCCUCAUCGAGAUUCCGUCCUACAUGGAGCAGGUGCUCAAGUUCAAUGUGUCGAAAAAUGCAGUCUUUAGCGCUUUGCCCUAUAUACUCAUGCCGAUAUUCAGCAUCGUACUUAGCAAGAUAUUGGAUAUAUUACAGAAUAAGAAUAAGAUCAGGCGAGUGACUGCCCGAAAGAUCGCAACGGGCAUAGGUUCAGUCGUGCCAGCCCUCUGUCUGUUUGGUAUGUGUUUCGUCGGAUGUCGUCACAUUGUGGCCGUUAGUAUCAUAUGCUUGGGUAUUAUGGGCGCGGGUGGCAUGUUCUGCGGCUUCCUCUCGAAUCACAUGGAUAUAUCACCAAAUUUUGCUGGUACAUUAAUGGCGCUGACCAAUACUAUUGCCACAAUACCUAGCAUUGUGGUACCUAAACUAGUCGGUUUCAUUACUGACAAUAAUCAAACCAUUCAGGCCUGGCGAAUGAUAUUUGGUAUCACAAUUGGUCUAUACAUUAUUGAAUUUGUUAUUUACAUGAGUUUGGCACAGGGUGAAGUCGAACAGUGGGAUGAGGGCUAG